AGGAUGACCAACUGACUAUGGACCCUGGGAAUAGGGUGGUUCAGCUACCAUACAUAAACUUCAUGAGGGAGCUGGGUGCUACCUUCCUCAAUGCCUACACCAACUCUCCAAUCUGCUGCCCCUCCCGUGCAGCUAUGUGGAGUGGCCGUUUUGUCCACCUGACCCAGUCAUGGAAUAACUAUAAGUGCCUGGAUUCCAAUGCUACCACAUGGAUGGACGUUCUGCGGCAGAACGGUUUUCACACCCAGAUGAUGGGUAAACUGGACUACACAUCAGGAGGUCACUCAGUCAGUAAUCGUGUGGAGGCACAAGAUGUCCCAUUCCUUCUGCGUCAGGAAGGAAGGCCAGUCACCGACCUGGUGGGAAACAUCUCCACUGACAGGCCCUUUGCCCUUUACGUGGGCCUCAAUCUGCCCCACCCCUACCAAACACAGUCCCUGGGACCCACUGCUGGGGGAUCCACCUUUCGCACCUCCCCUUACUGGCUUCAGAAGAUUCACAGCAAGAAGAUUUAA